AGUCGACUCACGAAGGAGACGAUUUGGUUAUCCCGGACACCUAGUUGUACUUUCGUUGUGUAUACAAAUAACGUUGGGUUUUUCCAAUGACGUCUUCUACUGCGCACUUGUAUUGACCGACACCUAUACAAGGUUGCCGUGCGAGCCGCCUCCAAAAGGGAUGAUUUGGAAUUAUGUCUGCUGUGCCUGCUGUCCUGACAACGUACAGAGUUGCAUUAGGUGUUGAUCACUACUUCUAUUGACUGGUUCCGGACACCUAGUUGUACUUUCGUUGUGUAUACAAAUAACGUUGGGUUUUUCCAAUGACGUCUUCUACUGCGCACUUGUAUUGACCGACACCUAUACAAGGUUGCCGUGCGAGCCGCCUCCAAAAGGGAUGAUUUGGAAUUAUGUCUGCUGUGCCUGCUGUCCUGACAACGUACAGAGUUGCAUUAGGUGUUGAUCACUACUUCUAUUGGCUGGUUCCGUCCAUCUACAGGGGCAGCACCACGAGACACACUUCUUCGAGGAGCUGAGUGAGGAGUUGAUCUCUAGCCCUGCUUGCGCCGUGCGUGCAGUCCUGACGAUCUACAGGGUUGCGUUAGGUCGUGAUCACUACUUCUAUUGGGUGGUUCCGACCAUCUACAGGGGCAGCACCACGAGACACACUUCUUUGUGGAGCUGAGUGAGGAGUUGAUCUCUAGUUCUCCUGCUGGACAUAUUCCGACAAUGGCUAGCAAUAGAAUAGAAAAACACCGUAAGGACAUCGAAGCCACUUGUACUGAGACUCUUGAGAACAAAAAACGAAAGGAAAAGAGAUUCAUGACACAGCGAAUGAGCGUAAACGACAGAUCCACAAGUGUCAGUUCUUGGACUCUUCCAAUGAUGUGCAAGCACAUUAACUUUAGGGCAGAUGUGUCUGAUUGGGGAAAUGACCAAAGCGAUGCUAUUAUCUCUGAACACGACUGGAAGGUCAGGUGUGAAGAGAAAAUAUUACAAGAUUGUAGAACAGAGGCUCGGAACAACUACGAUAAAGGCAUCGAAAGGAGCACACCUACCAAAAACAUCCGGGACCUGACUGAAACAGAUGUUAGGUACAUUGUGGACGGAAUGAUCAGUCCCCUGUUGGAUCAACUUCAUUUGAGGAGGAACACGGAAGAGACAAUUGACAUGGACCCCUUUCCAAACUGCAGACUGGACUAUAUUUUGAAAACAGCCCAAGAUAUACCUAUUGGUGCCAUCGAAGUUAAGCGUGAUAGUACCUUAGACAAAACUGCGUACGCUCAGGCUGUAAUUCAGCUGCUCAUCCUGCAACAGUGGGCGUAUAAGAAGGGAGUUCCUUUCGGUGCGGACAUGACUCGAGUACCAAUUGUUAAUAUCCUGACUGACGGAGAAAGAUUCAUGUUGUUGAAGAUUAAAGGUGAAAAGCUUUUUGUUGAAAAAUCCUGGCCAAAGAGUGAGGGUUCAAUCCUUAGACGACUUACACUCCGAUGUAUUUCUGACACUAAGACAUUUCACAAUGUCUACGAUCACCUUCACCGUGCGUUAUAUACUGCUGUGUCGAAACUGAGACAACAGUUAGAUCCACCGACACCAACAUUAGAUGAAAGAAAAAUGCAAUCAGAUGAUGAUGGCAGUCAAGGAAGGGCUCCUGUGCAGAGACAAAUUGAUGUGACCUCUCAAAGCCAAGUCAGUCUCGAUCCAGUAUCAAAUGAAGAAGCAUGGAAGACGUUUCUCUCUCCAUUGACGCCAAGGAAAAGAAAGAAGAUGGAUGAUGGAAUAGAUCACAGAACAAUUGAAGGACCAGCAUCACUUUCACGAAAACUUGGCACACGCCUUGGUGAAACAUUUUAUAAGAAGAGAAAAAAUUCCUUCAUGUCAGAGGCGGCAGUAACAAAAUUUAUGAAAACGGAAAGGAUUAAAAAAGAGUAAUGGCUGGAUUUAAGAGCCCCAAUACAUCAAGGUGCUGCUCUCGUGAGGGAAGUACCUAGGAGACAUUAUAUUAGCUUUGUGAUACAAGUCAUAAGAGUGAUGGGCCGCAUGCUUCUGUUUGACAGGUUCGGGAAUUGCACGUAUGCCCUUACAGUCCAUUGGACGGUUCGUGACGUUCCAUCGCCUGAGAUCAACAGAAAUGUUUCCAAUUGUUUCGACCAACAUUUCAAUUCUAAAAAUCAUCCCAUCCUUUGCAUGAAAGUUAUUCAAAUAUGGACCAUAAUAUCGUGAGCAACCUCCUACUAAUUGGAAGCACAACUUUAAACUAUGAAUGCUGUGACGGCAUAUGCUAGAAGCUGAAACAAAAAAUAAAAAAGACAAACCUGUUCCUUUGCAUGAACGUUAGAAUGUUAGAAACAAAUAAACAUCCAUGUAACAGCCUUUACUGCAGUCGACAUAUAGAAUGUCCAGAGAAAAUCAUUGGACUCGACUGUUGUGUUCAGCAAUGCCAUGUGGAUGUAAUGACAAAAUUAAAGACGUUGGCAGUCUUUCUAACCAACAAACUGCCAACAUCAAAGUAAUGAGUCUGUUUCGGACGCAGGCGAGGUCACAAGAAAGGACGAAGGCCAAAUGAUACCAUUUUCAUUUGGAAAAAGUGUUGCCUCUCCUUCAGGAACCACUCGGACUGCGCAAAGUAAGAACAAGACUAUAUUCUGUGUCACUGAAAGAAAUUAAACGGCUCCAGCAACUUUUUCUGGAAGUUGGGUUGGUUGGUUGGUUGGUUGGUUUGUUGUUUAACGCCGCACUCGGCAAUAUUCCAGCUAUAUGACGGCGGUCUGUAAAUAAUCGAGUCUGGACCAGACAAUCCAGUGAUUAAUAUCAA